UGGCCUAGGCUUGGGCAGUUGGGACGAAGACGAAGUCAAAAUUCAAAAGUUAGCAUAAAAAAGGUGUGAUAAUGUCCGAAUCCAGUGGCAGUAACGUGCCAUUCGUAAAAGGUGGGAACGUAUCUGGUGAACAGACGACAGGGUCACACUCCCAUGACCAUGGCAACGAACAUGGCCACACCCAUGAGCACAUGGACAAUGCAGGAUUUUUUGUAAACAGGGAGCUACCACUCAGAAGAUCAGAUUGGAAACAGAGAGCAUUCACUGUCGGCAUCGGUGGUCCUGUUGGGUCUGGAAAGACCGCCCUCGUUCUGGCCCUCUGUAGACAUCUAAGAGACAAGUAUGGUAUCUGUGUUGUGACCAAUGAUAUCUUCACAAAAGAAGACUGGGAGUUCUUGGUGCGGAAUGAAGCUUUACCAGAAGAAAGAAUGAGGGCUGUAGAAACAGGAGGUUGCCCACAUGCUGCUAUUCGAGAGGACUACUCCAUCAACUUGGAAACUAUUAAGGAGUUGACCAUCAAGUUUCAGCCUCAGAUAGUGAUCGUUGAAUCAGGAGGGGAUAACUUGGCUGCUAACUUCAGUCGAGAGCUGGCAGAUUACAUCAUAUAUGUGAUUGAUGUUGCAGGCGGAGACAAAGUCCCACGGAAAGGCGGACCCGGGAUCACCCAGAGUGACCUCCUGGUAAUCAACAAGACGGACCUUGCUGAAGCGGUUGGUUCAGACCUUGGUGUGAUGAGGAGAGAUGCUGACUUGAUGAGGCAGAAAGGACCAACUAUAUUCUCUCAGGCUAAACAUAUGAUAGGGGUCGAGGAGAUCGCUAACCAUAUACUGGCUUCAUACCAGUUGACUUGUUGACCUUCAAAAGGUUAACAUGUGAAAGGGGUCAAAGGUAUACUCGCUUCAUAUCCAACAACCUGCUCACCUUCCAAAGAUUAAACAUACUGUAUGAAA